AUGGCGCCGACCGACUCGUACAAAUGGUCCCCUGAGCUCACGCGGAAACUCAUACGUUUCAGAGCUGAAAACGAGGAGAAGUUUUUAAAGUCCAGAUAUAGCGCCAAAAAACAAUGGGAGAUCUUUUUAAAGGAGAACGGGCUGGAGGGGAUAGUUCGUCCAGAUAAGGCUUCCAAAAAGUGGGAAAACUUAAAAAGGAAAUAUAAGGAGUUAAAACUCCUGAAAACAGGUUGGGAUGUAAAGGGAAAUAUGGUUGGGGGAAUGUUAAAAAAAUAG